CGCACCGCUUAUUUCCCGCUGUCAGGAUGAGGAGGCGGAGGUCGGCGCUCCGGUCCGUCUCUGCCCGCGGCUGUGGCGGCGCCGGCGGCUUCAGCCUUAGCGGUUCCUCCCUGGGCGGCGGCGGCGGCGGCUCGAUCGACGCCUCCUCCGCCAGCUGAGCCCUCCGGAGCCCGGGACGCCGCUUCCCCGCCCAUCCCCUCCCCGAGGCCCGCCGCCUGGCCAUGGCGCAGCCGGGCCCGGCUUCACAACCUGACGUUUCUCUUCAGCAACGGGUAGCAGAAUUGGAAAAAAUUAAUGCAGAAUUUUUACGUGCACAGCAGCAGCUUGAACAAGAAUUUAAUCAAAAAAGAGCAAAAUUUAAAGAGUUAUAUUUGGCUAAAGAGGAGGAUUUGAAGAGACAAAAUGCAGUAUUACAAGCUGCACAAGAUGAUUUGGGACACCUUCGAACACAGCUGUGGGAAGCCCAAGCAGAGAUGGAGAAUAUCAAGGCCAUUGCCACAGUCUCUGAGAAUACCAAACAAGAAGCUAUAGAUGAAGUAAAAAGACAGUGGAGAGAAGAAGUUGCUUCACUUCAGGCUGUUAUGAAAGAAACAGUUCGUGACUAUGAGCAUCAGUUCCACCUUCGCCUGGAGCAGGAACGAACACAGUGGGCACAGUAUCGAGAAUCUGCAGAGAGGGAAAUUGCUGAUUUAAGGAGAAGGUUAUCUGAAGGUCAAGAGGAAGAAAAUUUAGAAAAUGAAAUGAAAAAGGCCCAAGAAGAUGCUGAAAAACUUCGGUCUGUUGUGAUGCCCAUGGAGAAGGAAAUUGCAGCUUUGAAAGAUAAACUGACAGAGGCUGAAGACAAGGUUAAAGAGCUGGAAGCCUCAAAGGUUAAAGAACUGAAUCAUUAUCUGGAGGCUGAGAAAUCUUGUAGGACUGACCUAGAGAUGUACGUAGCUGUUUUAAAUACUCAGAAAUCCGUUCUACAGGAAGAUGCUGAGAAACUGCGAAAAGAAUUGCAUGAAGUUUGCCAUCUUUUGGAGCAAGAGCGACAACAACACAAUCAGUUAAAACAUACGUGGCAGAAGGCCAAUGACCAGUUUCUGGAAUCUCAGCGUUUGCUGAUGAGGGACAUGCAGAGAAUGGAGAUUGUGCUAACUUCAGAACAGCUCCGACAAGUUGAAGAACUGAAAAAGAAAGAUCAGGAGGAAGAUGAACAACAAAGACUUAAUAAGAGAAAGGACCACAAAAAAACAGAUGUUGAGGAAGAAGUGAAACUACCAGUAGUGUGUGCUUUAACUCAUGAAGAAUCUUCAGCCCAGUUAUCAAAUGAAGAGGAGCAUUUAGAUAGUACCCAUGGUUCAGUCCAUUCCUUAGAUGCAGAUUUACUGUUGCCAUCUGGAGAUCCAUUCAGUAAAUUGGACAAUGACAUGUUUAAAGAUGGACUCAGGAGAGCACAGUCUACAGACAGCUUGGGAACCUCAGGCUCACUGCAAUCCAAAGCUUUAGGUUAUAACUACAAAGCGAAAUCUGCUGGAAACCUGGACGAAUCAGAUUUUGGACCACUAGUAGGAGCAGAUUCUGUGUCUGAGAACUUUGAUACUGCCUCCCUUGGGUCACUGCAAAUGCCAAGUGGGUUUACAUUAACCAAAGAUCAGGAAAGAGCAAUCAAGGCAAUGACACCUGAACAAGAAGAGACUGCAUCUCUCCUCUCCAGUGUCACCCAGGGUGUGGAAAGUGCUUAUAUGUCCCCCAGUGGUUAUCGCUUAGUCAGUGAGACAGAAUGGAAUCUCCUGCAAAAAGAGGUACAUAAUGCUGGAAAUAAACUUGGUAGACGUUGUGAUAUGUGUUCCAAUUAUGAAAAACAGUUACAAGGAAUUCAGAUUCAGGAAGCUGAAACAAGAGACCAGGUGAAAAAACUACAGGUGAUGCUAAGGCAAGCAAAUGACCAGUUAGAGAAGACAAUGAAAGAUAAACAGGAGCUAGAAGACUUCAUAAAGCAGAGCACUGAAGAUUCAAGUCAUCAGAUCUCAGCACUUGUCCUAAGAGCCCAAGCAUCUGAGGUUUUACUUGAAGAGUUACAACAGGGGUUUUCCCAAGCAAAGAGGGAUGUUCAGGAACAGAUGGCAGUGCUGAUGCAGUCACGGGAACAGGUUUCAGAAGAGUUGGUGAGGUUACAAAAAGACAAUGACAGUCUUCAGGGAAAGCAUAGCUUGCAUGUGUCAUUACAGCAAGCAGAAGACUUCAUUUUACCAGAUACUAUAGAGGAACUCCGGGAAUUGGUAUUAAAAUACCGUGAGAAUAUCAUUAAUGUGCGGACAGCAGCAGACCACAUGGAAGAGAAGCUGAAGGCUGAAAUACUUUUCCUAAAAGAGCAGAUUCAAGCGGAACAGUGUUUAAAAGAGAACCUUGAAGAAACUCUGCAAUUAGAAAUAGAAAACUGCAAGGAAGAAAUAGCUUCCAUUUCUAGCUUAAAAGCUGAAUUAGAAAGAAUAAAAAUAGAAAAAGGACAGUUGGAGUCCACGUUAAGAGAGAAGUCUCAGCAGCUUGAGAGCCUUCAGGAAAUGAAAAUCACUUUGGAAGAACAGUUAAAGAAAGAGACUACUGCUAAGGUUACCAUUGAACAACUAAUGUUUGAAGAGAAGAACAAAGCUCAGAGGUUGCAGACAGAACUAGAUGUCAGUGAACAAGUCCAGAGAGAUUUUGUAAAGCUUUCUCAAACCCUUCAGGUGCAGUUAGAGCGGAUCCGGCAAGCAGACUCAUUGGAGAGAGUCCGGGCAAUUCUGAAUGAUACCAAACUGACAGACAUUAACCAGCUUCCUGAGACAUGACACCUUUACAGCAGGAUUCUCGCCUGCACUUUGGGUUUUUAACUCAUCUUUAGAGCAACAUUAAUUACUUACUCUUAACUAAAGAAGUCACAAAAAAGGAAGACUGGGAAGAUGUGUUUCUAGUGGGAGAAGACUGUGCAGCACAGGAACAGCAAACAGCCAGGCUAAUUUGCAGCAAAAGACCUUUCAAGUGGGAACACUAGCGAGACCCCAGGCUUGACUCCAGCAGAUGUGGAUCAGGUUCGGUGAUGGAGAAAGUGCUGUUUCCUUGCCUGUUUAUCCAACAUUUCCCUAAAGCACCAUCCAGUAGUGUUUGGAAUUACAUUUCCUGUUCAUAGAAAUUGGAAGAGAUCAUUUUUUGUUGUAUAGAGUACAUCAGUAACAGUAUUCAGCUAGCAAGACACGUGUAGUAUGCUGUAUGAGUAUUUUAUAUUAAAAUAUGAAGUUUGAGAGCAGGCCAUUGGCUAGUGACUGCAUUUCCUAGCUCAGUGCUUUUUAAAAAAACUAUCUUUCAUUGGAGGAUCUUAAAUGCUACUGAAACUUGCUGGAGAAUCAGAUGUUGUGGCAAACAAAACCAAUUCAAGAACUGAAUUAUGAGAAUUUGAAAACUUAGCUGGGGCUAUACGUAUUGGAAAUUGAGGUUAAAGGAAAAGCACAAGAAACUGUUUGAAAGCACUUUUUCUGCUACUUGGAUAAAUUUCGUGGGCCCACAGGUACCAGGGUCAAACUGAACUGGUACCACCUGCUCUUGAAAACUGUGUUAUUGGAUCAGUGGGAAAAGAUAAUAUUAACAAAACAAGCUGACAACAUCUAGUACAAAUUUAUAAAUCUGCUGCUUGCUUUUAACUCGAAUCAAUGGGCCGAAGUACUGUUUCAGAAAUGUCAAAUACAAAAUGGUGAUAACUAUGUUUGACAGGUACCAAUUUUGUAUUUUUCUUUUAUAAUUUAGACCUGGAGUGUGAUAAUGCUUAUGAAGUUGGGAAAACCCCAGUCAGUCCGUUCAUCAGUUUGGAAAUCUGCUUUGUCAUUCCUGUGAGGUUAGCUUUUCUUUGUGAAGAAAGCUUCAGUGAACAGGCCGUGGCUGUAUGGUGUUGCAGAAAGCAGAGAACGGUUCCUGUUGGUUAUUGACCUGGUGCAGGACUGUUAGCCAGUAGGCAUCUACAUGGUUUCAUUCAUGAUAGAGAUGGUUCAAAGGUAAAAUUGUUUUCAGAUAAUUUUUGUGAUUGGUGUUAUAUGACAGCAGGGUACUUGAAGGACCCUUACAGUAAUUAAAUGGAUUAAGUAGAUUGUUUGGCUCAUUUAAAGCCACCAUCAACUUAGAGUUUAAAGUGAAUUGUCAUUGUUAUAAAUGAAGCUAUUGUGGACUAGCCGGAAAGAUCUUUACUUCUGUCUUCCAUGGGACAAGAUACAGACUACAUACCUCAUUCCUUAGGUUAUUGUUGUAGUCUUGGAUUCAUGAUUAUGAAUUUAAAAGUAAAUACUAAUUAUGGAAAUAGUGCUACAGGCUUGCCAUGCAUGAAACGUUAUUUUAAUUGGUUUACAGUCCCUUUGUAUAAAGUACUACUUUGGUUUAAAGGAAACAUUUAUCCUCAUUGAGUUACAGGGAAUUUAAUUCUAAAAUACAAUCUGUUUAAAUGUUAUAAGUGUAAGACUGGUUCCUUGAAUAAGCUCUGAGCUAAUUUGUUGUAGAAUAUUAAAAUUGGCACUAUAAUUCAGGAUGGAUGGGUAAUCAUAAUCUUCCUGAACUAAACUCUAGCCCCAGGGAACUGCUCUGCUGAGACAAGCUUGCAGAUGUUUUUCUCAGUAAGGUGGUACUGGGCCAAUAAAAUCAUGAUUAGGGAACCACUGGUAGUCUCUACUGUGGCAGAUGCAGACUGUUGGAACCCACUUUGUUAAGAAAAAGGUCCUAGAAAAACCCAAACUGUUACUCUAGGUUUUGUUAACAAUUUGUUUCUGGUAUGAAGCAAACAUUGUGCCACUAUCCUGGUAAGAAACACUUUAAUCAGGGUUUUCUGUGUAAAUGGGAAAUUGAUUUGAAGGCAGGAUUUAGCCUGUCUGGGCAAAAGAAAAGAUCAGUUCGGUUUCACAAGUGUUCCUGUGUUUGUGUUCAGUCUGUACACAUAUUUUCUCACGCAUGUCUAACAUGAUUUACCUCCUACCUGUUACCUGCCUUAUGUGGCUUUUAAUUGGCAGUCACUCGGCCAUUUCUAGGCAGGUGCAGUAUUACCUUUCAGAACUAAUAUGGGCAGGUAAAAAACUACCCAACGCUAACAGAACAAGAUCAUAUACUGCAGACAAAGUCAUUUGUUUCUUUUUCCCUUUGUACCUUGUACUCACUUGUAACUCAUAUCAGGACACAGUGCACAGCCAAACUGAGCUCUCAAAGGUAAUACUGCCUGCGGAAGUGAGCCAGCAGCGGCUUUGCAGUUGUGGAUCCUGGGCUCGGCUCUAAGCAGAUUUCAGAUGUAACCGUUUGUUAACUGUACUGAAGGUGUGUCCUUAGGAAGAGUGUUCAAAUUAAAAAAGCUGCUGCCUAGUA